UCCACCAUAAUUAGUUAGAAGAUUUUUAAAACUUAACCUUUGAUGUUUGAAAUUUAAAAGUUUAAGAUGAAAUCAUGGAGUUGGAAAAAAACCUUGGUUUUUCACUCUUGUUGUGCAUGCUGGUUAGUUUGUGAAAACGGUUAAGUUUUAUCCAAAUUUUAAAUGAGAUGUAAAGUGAUUUUGAUGAAAUAAGCCUAUCACUUUUUAAUCUCAGAGGUUAUGUUGAUGUGUCCAAGGACCGUCGGAAAUUGGAAAAUCCAACAAAUCCCAUAAUUACAGUCUCUGACUAUGAUAAAUGACAUAACUUUGGUGAUUUGUGAAGAAAACAUGCUUGCGCCUGGGAGGCAUGUUUUCUUCAAAAUUCUAAAUACAAAAUAAAACCAUUCAAAUUUGUAUGUCCCUCCCUGAAGCUAAAAUAAAUUACAUGUGUCUGUCCUCAGUGCUUUAAAAAUGAUUUGACAUGCCUCCCUUUUGCACCACCCCCUCCCCCUUCACAAGUUAGGAACAGUCCCUUACAUGAGAAGAAACAUCUUAUUUUGAAACUACUGAUUUUUAAUGUGACAUGCAAAAUGUAAAAUUCUCGACAUUUGAAAAAUGUUUUGUACUGUAGCCUAUCGUUACAAUCCAAACGACAACGAAAUAAAGAGGAAAUGUAACUUUUAUAAAGCUGCACAUGUCAAAAGGCUGCAAAAUGACUACAAGUUCUUGAUGAUUAAUUAAUGUUACAACUUAAUAUGUGGCAGCAGAAACAAGCUUGUGUCCAUUCUUAUUCUAGUGUUGAGGUGAUACUGUCUCCCCAACAUGAAGCGCAUACUUCAUAUAUCACAGAGGUGAACUCUGAAUGGCUGUUCAGUGUCCGACAGCAGCGGAUUCCAUUGAAACGUGUGAAAAUGUGAAUUUAAUUCAUAAAUGCGGCCUGCCAUGUCUGGCCCGCGGCCAGGAUUCCGUCUCCUCUCUGUUUUCUCUGGCUACCAUCCAGGCCCCCCUCCCCCGCCCGUGUUAUCCACCCACGGGAGAGGUGAUUUCUUUCUUUUUUUCUUUCUUUCUUUCUUCUUUUUUUUUUUUUUAAACCCAUCCUCGCUGAGUGGGUCCUGGUUUUGGAGUGGGCUGUGGAUGCGGUUAUUAUGCCCACACUCCUCAGACGGUCCGUGCCGAGCUGUCACGCCUCGCUGCUGCAUGGUCCUGCCCGGUGCCGCGGUGUGUUGUAGCCGAGUUUGAGUCGGAGCCGCUCGGCGUCUCAGACUCCGCCGUCCCCCGGUGUUCCUGUCUUCACUGAGCCAAACCUUCCAGCUGCUCACUGGCGCUUUUUAUCGGCUUCAAAGCCGCCAGUCCCGCCGACUGUGGGGGGACUUACACAAGUGGGACAACAGACCUGUUAAAGUGCCAUUGAAGCUAUCCACAUCGGCUCCCUCCAUUUCUUUAUUUUUUUCUAUCUUUCUGGAAGUCGUUUUCUGUUCACCGGGAGAACGGAGGAGCCGCAGCACCGGGAACCAUGAGCGGACGCGGGGAAGAGGCCGGGGAGAGCUCUGGCUCCCAGGAGCCCGCAGGGGCCGCGGAGCCCCAGAAGAGGAGGCCGGGGAGACCGAGGAAGCCCCCAAAAGAGCCCAGUGGAGAGCCUGUCCCCAAGCGACCGAGGGGCCGCCCCAAAGGAAGUAAGAACAAGGGCCCUUCCAAGGCAGCUCAGAAGAAAGCCGAGGCAACCGGGGAGAAAAGACCCAGGGGGCGACCCAGGAAAUGGCCACAGCAAGUCGUCCAGAAAAAGCUUGCUCAGGAAGAAGAGGAAGAAGAAGAGGCAGGAGAGUCCCCGGAGGAGGACUAAGCUACCACAUCAUCAAUUCUCUACCUCAUUCAGCUGUCAGGUCUUUCAAAGGGAAAAGACUGCCUUGACCACUUAUUUUUGACUUUUUCCACAUUGUUUUACUUGGUUUAGUUUCAGUCAGAGAAUCUCCAUCUUUGCUUUGUCACUGAAGAGGCAGAAAUGUUCAGUAUAUGUCUGCAUCUUCUGCAUCAUUUCCUUUGAUACAUUUUUACAUAGGCCAUACAGAAUGCAGCAACACAAAAAAUAAUCUUUUAUUAAUUGUACUGCUGCCAGCUCUUAUUGGUUGAACAGAUACAAACAAGCAAAAAGUUUAGGUCCAGACAUUCUGCCUAUCAAAACAAAGACAAAUCAGGCAGACAGACAUGUCAUCUGCCGUGUACAACACACUUACACUCAAUGAGAAUCAACUGAAAACAGACAGACAGACAUAAUGAGUAAGUAAAUGUUCGGGUGUUUUUAUCCGAAAUCCUCAGAGCAUCAUUAUCUUCAAAUGAGUGAGAGCAUCAGUAGGGGGUGCAUCAUUCUGAAGACCUCACCAUUGUACUGAGGUGCAAAUCACAUGCACUCAUACUGCUUCAGCAUCUCUCUCUCAUGGACAGACACAGAUUCACGCACACACUUUCACACACCCUGUCGUUGACUGAUUCUCCAGACACUGAUGGCAGAAUAGAGACUGGGACAGUCUGCUUUUGUCAUACAGACAUGUAGAACAACUUCCUGCUGUUCCAACAUAUCAUUGUUGGCUCUAGAACACACCAACCUGCCCACCCCUCACCCAAACUUGUGUCAGGCCACCAAGCACAGGGAGACACAGAGAACUUCCUCAGGGCAGUGGUUUAUCUAUCAUGUUGGCUAAAAGCUAUUUAGAUUAAAAAAAUGUGCUGAGGUUGUAAGUAUUGGCUCAGAUUUAACUUUAGCAUCAGACUGGAGUCCUCAUACAUCAUCAUCAUCACAAACAAAGGCCAUCCUGUGUGUGCUCUCUCUGAACAGCACCCAAUGCAGGUUCAUUAUGAGGGGAACCUACAGUUUGGUCUGGUCUCUUGACAUUUUGAACCUGUUUACACCUGGUAUAACCAUGUAUUUCGAUGAUCUGAGCCAGACUGUUCUCAUGCUCUGUAUGUAUAUCUAUGAAAAGUAAUGCACUACAAUUCGUAUAUAACCCAUGAGCCAGUAAUUUGCGUAAAACCCCGUAAUCUGGAACUGUACUAGCCUAAACCUCAUCUACAUAACUUUACGUUAAGUAUGUAACUUACGUAAGAACGUAACGUGACAAUGCCAAUUUGUUAGAUAUCAUUUGAACUGCUGUAUCAGGAUAUGUUGUCUGAACACAAGUGGACAGCCAAGACACAUCACUGUUCGCAUUAGCGCCUAUCAAGCAUCUCCAGUUGACCAGCUGUGACUAGAUAUCUUUAAUGCCUGCGGUGUGGUUGCUAGGUUCGGACGUCUCCAGACACCUCUCUGUUGGCUCUGCAAAAUGUAUGCGAGCCUAUGUUACGUACACAAGAAAGUUAGUUAUUAUGUCCACACAGAUAUGUGGUCAAAUGCAUCCCAGACCACUUCUGCAAAUGGUUUGCGUGAUCGGAUCAAUACACAUCUUGGUCAUUUACACUUGUUUUGUGCUGUCCACUUGUGAUCUGAUCACCCAGGAAACAUGUUAAUACCAGGUAUAAACCGGCUUGUUGAGUCUUAUUCCCAAGUCUUAAAAUACUGGCGACCUAACUGCCAACCCAAAGCGUCAGUAUUUGUCAACUUGGAAAUAAGACUCAACAAUCAACUACAUUCCUCCAGAAUUUCGUAGCCUACCGAACCUUAAAAUGAAAAGACUAAUAAUCAACUAAUAAUCUUCAAAACUUGAGCUAUUACUUGUGGCCUUAAAAUUUUACAUAGCGCAGCUUCAAGUGAUCUAUUAAAUCUAGCGCUAGGUUAUGAUAGCUGGUUCUUUUUAUGGAUCUGAUCCAUAAAGAUAAGCAUUGUUUGAAAAUUACACCCAAAUUUUAAUGUUUGGGUUGUGUCCAAGGGACAAAUGAUUUUUUUUAUUUAGCUGAUUGUCAGAACAUCAAUAAAAUGAUAAGAGUAGAUGUAGUCCAGCACUGCCUCCGGUAUAUACUUAAAGCUUUAAUUUUGAUGACUUGACCCAGGGUGGUGUCAGAUUUACUUGAACAUCAGAGCACUACAUAAACUCUGCUUUGCUCUCCCUGCUGUUGGUGGACUGACACGCCUCUUAUACUGCUCUAGAAAAACCAUAAAACCUCUUCACAUCAUGUCGGUACUCCACUACCAAACAGCUUGACAAUGCAUCAUACUACUGUAUACCAAUUUAUUCAGAUUUACAUUAACACAGCUUCAUUCAGUUUGUUCUUUGCGCAGCAUAGCUUUAAAACCUUGACUCCAUCAAUGAUGUCACACCGCAAAGAAUUUUACGGACUUGCAAAAAAAACAACAACCUCAAGAACAAAAACCACAAGAACAAACCACACAUUACCUCAUGACACACUUGAUACCUGGAUUUAGUGGCAGCGUGACAUUGGACGACUCAUCACGCACUGUAACUCCAGGGAGCCUUACAUUUAAGGAAACCUGAUGGUAUGCCAGCGCUUUCUACUCAGUGAUAUGCAAUAUCCUCUCAUGAUUUCAAACUACCUCUGACUCAGAACAACCAGCUAAUGAACGCUGUUGCUCAGUACAUUCAAACUAAUGCCUGGGAAGGCAGUGUGCGUUCAGAUAUUUGUGUUGUUAACUUUAUACUGUACAUUAAAGCGAGGUCAUGCCGGUUGGUUGUUGUCUUGUCAUGGGGGAAUGGCAAUUUGUCUGCAACUGUUUUGUUUGAUUCAGUCAGGUAAACCCUACGCAAUCCAGAAAGAAGCAAACGUCAGAUAUGACAGAGCCAUGUGCAUCAACAUUAAAGGACAAUUCAGCUGUUAUACUACAGCUGCCUUAUUUUUUCACUUGUUACCAUCUUUCCUGUUGGUUAUGACCAUAGACUGUAAAAAAUAAUGAACGUCACCUAUUCAUAGACUCUUGUUUUGAAGCUUUGAGUUUGUCAUUUUGGCUGUCAUCAUCUUGGAAUUUUGGGAGCCAGAAGUGACCAUUUCACCAUUUGAAUGAGAAGGUGGAGAUAACCCUAACACAAGCUGUGAGCUUAGUUAGCACGGUGCAUUUACAGCUUUUACCACUGUGAUAAUGGUAAUGCUGAUUUGAGCUAGUGAAAAACAGGCUUAAGACCAUUAAAACAAAACAUACUUUCCAAAAAACCAAGUAUACCUGACUCCAUAGAGUCUUCACUACACUACAAUGCUAACAAAGACUUUUUUAGGCGACCAAAAUGUUACAGUUACUUUCAUGAACUGAAAACAAAAUGAAAUAGCAACAGCUAAAACUGUGCCUAAACUGUUGAAUCUGGGGUUAUGCCAUGGUUACUUUACCUUACCAACCUCAUGUUAAGCUGAGAAGCAAAGUCAAGAAUUAGUUGUACAAGAAUCAAGAGUUGAUCACUGAUGCAAGGACAUUAGUUCUUCACCCUGUAGGUAACAUUUGUCACAAUUUGUCUAAACAUCUUAAGAGAGUUUUAUGUGAGGAUGUGUUUACUCGAUCACUUGCCUCAACUCUUUUGUAAAGCACUGCCAGAUCUUAGCAAUGCAAGGUCAAAACCUAUUGGCUAUUGGUCUGAUUACGAUAAGGCGAGAGGUAAUAUUUCAGCUGACCCAGUUUACCCAGCAGAUAUUAUAACCAAGACUUUCUCUUCCGUGUGGUGGUCUUUUAAGCUAAUCUCUACAAACACAAGAUAAAACAAAAAUAUCUGCAUAUGAAUGCAGAUACAAUUUUAAAAAAGUUGAUAUAAAGCUAAUUUGUUGUCAGAUGAUAGCCUUGGUUCCAAGAUUACAUUUUGGCCAGUGUGCUCUGCCUCUUCAUACAGACCAUUUACCUGCUACUCAAAUGUGAUUGGUCAAUGCUACUCGGACUACAAACAGAAACAAAAACACUUUUGAUACCAAAAUCUUGUGCAGUCGCCUACAGAUUCUGCAUACAUAUGCAGAUAUCUGUUAAUACAGAUUAUCAGUAAUGUGACUGAAUUGUCAUCAUAACCUUCAGUAAUGAUGGUCAAAACUUUGAAAAUAAGACAUAGACUGCUAAAAGAAAACAACAAAAUGUUUCUUCCAAUUGCAGACUGACUUCAAAGCCUGCAGUCCAUCAAUUUUUAAUGUCCAUAUGUCCAUAAUUUAAAGCCAAGCUUAAAAUAUUACAGUCACACUGAAAGUAAUUUCCCCUUGUUUAAACUUGGGUUGUUUAAAUAUGAAAUAUUAUUGUUAUUCUUGUUGAGCAGGGACAUGUCAUCGUAUGUCCUCAUCAUUAUAAAUGUAAUAUUUAAUAUAAGUCCAAUCAACACAUUUACAAGUGAAGUUACUGUUUCAAUGCAGUCUUUUCAGUUUGUCUCCAUCAUCACUGGUGCACUUUGCACUGCCUGGCCUGACAUUUUCUUCUUCGGCGAUUCCUGGAAAAAGCCUCGAUUCAGUGGUCUGUUUUUUAUACUCUUAAACACAAAAGCAGCUAACAUAUUAAGUACUGUUUUUCUGAUUUACCUUAAUGUUAAUUUGUAUCUAAACAUUGUAAUGAAACAUAUUUAGCAUUAUCUGCAAACUGGGACUUCUGUUUGACAAACCGUUAACUUGAAUUUAUUUUUUUUCCGAUUUACACAAUGGUUUAAUAAGGAUCAAGUGUUCGACACUACAUGAUAUAACUACAAAUGUUUUUUUUUUUUUGGCUUUGAAUAGUUAGAGUUGUUUUUCCUGAGUUAUGUACUACCUAUAUAUGUACAGUACCUCAAACAGACGUUAAACAUGGACUCAUCAAUUGACAAAUACCUACCUCCAGUCUUGAAAAGGAAUGAUUUUGCUGGUUUACUUUCAGUAUGAGUUACAUUGACGUAUGAUAUGAUCUAUAUCAGGACUGCAGAAGCUCCUUACUUAAAGUAUUGUAUCAGAUCAUUCAAGUUUCCAAUCUCAGUACAUUUGGAUUCUCACCUUUCAAAGUGACUUUCAGGUUUUGAAACAGAUAUGUUUGGAUUUUUGUAUAUUGUAUUCAUGAAUAUGUUUUCUUGUUUUUAAUUAGUAGAUAUCGAUAUACUUGAUUAGCUGUUUUGUGUACUUCACACAAAUGUGAUUUUCUUUUCUUGUGAUAUGGUUAAACCAGAUGUAUAUGGAACUGCUUUGUACUUAGUGAUGGAUUAUACCAUUUUUCACCUGUCACCAUGGCAACCUUUGAAAAGUUAACAUGUUUUUUUUUAAACUGGCCUGAGGUAGAGCCUCAGAGGAGCUACAGCCCAUCAACCUGUCGUCAGCAUCCAUGUCAAAUAUUGUCACUCGAUUAAGUGGGCGGUAUUAAUGGUUAUCAGCUUCACAGAUAUUUUAUCACUGAUUACACCAAUUUGUGGGUUCAGAAUGCCAUUAUCAGCGCAAUAAUAUUGGCAACUGUCAUUGGGUUUCACUUUCAGUUUUGUUAGUUUUUGGCGCAAAGACAACAUAGUUAGGUUCAGGAAAAAAAAUCAUGGUAUGGCUGAAAUAAGUACUUUCUUCGGUGAAUGUAACAUGACUUAAGUCACAUACAUCACGUGACAUGCCUCACUGGACAAAUGUCACAUACUUAAACCAAGUCAGCAUUGCUAUUUGAGUUUGACCCAUCCACUACCCUGAUCAACCUCCCUACGCAGACUGUCUUGCUCUUUAUACUAAUGUUACGUCAGCUGACUACCUUCGUUGUUGCAUAACAGUAAACCAUUUAAUCUGCUGAUAACUGCAUUCUGAACAUGCUGCUAGGUUUGGCAGGACCCAUUCUAAUCCAUACCUAGGAUGCUGAUAACCACCAAUAAAGCUGUAGCUGGUAACUUAAAAAAACAAAACAACUUUUUCACAUUUGCUGAAAUUGUCACUAAAUUCUGACACUAGUAUAAGAGACAGAUAAUCUGUAAAUCCCAUGCCUCUGCCUUCUCCGAGUACUUGUAAUGGCAUUUGCAAGAAUCCAUUGCAGCUAAACCCAGCUGCUAUGUGGAAAACAGUCAUGCCAAAAUUAGGUGCCUGCUGCUGGAACAAGCUUUCUCAUUUUACAGCUAAAUAGUAUACUAAAAUAUGUUUGUGUAAACAUUUGAGAAAAAGACAAUGCAGUAACA